AUGACGAAGCAAGACGCGCGCGUGGCCCCCGAGCCAACGCUUCCUGGCCUGCCACCAGAGGUCAGAGAGCGGAUCCUAUUUUUCGCCCUGCCAUCCGCUGGCCGAAAGAAUUUCGUUGUCUGCAGAGCCGACGCAGGCACCGCCGCCAACCAUCUAACCGCCGGUAGCAAGUGCCUCUCCUUUCACAAGAAACAAUGCCCUGGAGUCGCUCUUGUCAACAAGCAAAUUUCCCAAGAAUGCGUCGAUCUCCUCCAAAAGACGAAGAACUUUGGCUUUUGCUCAGCUCCUUGUCUCCGAUCCUUCUUGACAUCAAUCCACCCCGACUUCACGAGAAAGAUCGACAAGAUUUCGUGCAAGAAAGUCAUUUCCGAACACUCUUGUCAGAGACAUCACACGCGUCCAUUUGCAGAUCUCAUCAUAGGUGUACACGCGUCCAUGCAACAGACAAUGCGACCAGCCAAAUGGAGAAGUGUCUUGACCCUUGACCUCAUUGCGCCUCAACAAUUUCCAGUUGCGACAUUGAUGGUGCAGGCAUAUUCGUCUACUGACCAUCAAAGUUCAGGACCAACUGAAUUCGAGGAUGCUGAAGUUUACGACGUCAAUAAGUUCCGCAAGGCAUUCGUCGGCACAUUUGAAAUUAGCAUCGAUUUGGACAAGGAAGUGCUCGAGGCACGCGACCUUCUAUUGGCACAGGAAUUCAGACGAAGCGUCGCCAGGCUCGCCGGUGCGCCUGUGGGUGGAUUGAAUGUCACAUUCGUCGCACUGCAUGUCUGA